CGCGAUGUGGGGUGGCGGCAAGCUGAGCUAUAUCGGGGGUCGUUUUUUAGGAGUGCUUGGGCCUGGGUGCAGGAGCUCACAGGCCAAGCGUCCUCACUUAACCUCCUCGGCUGUUUAUUCAAAGAAUCAGCUCAGUUGGACUCUAGAAAUUAAACCAGGAGUUUUCAAUGAAUAUAGAACCAUGUGGUUCAAAUCCUAUAGGAUGACCUUUUCAUGUUUAAAUAAAAUGAACAGUUACAGGUACCCUUGGACAAGACUGUACAGUACCUCACAAAACACUGUGGACAACAGUGAGGUCAAAACCUUCCUGGCCCUGGCUCACAAGUGGUGGGACGAGCAGGGAGUAUAUGGGCCUCUUCAUUCUAUGAAUGACCUGAGGGUGCCAUUUAUUAGAGACAAUCUUUUGAAAACACUUCCUAAUCACCAGCCAGGAAAACCUUUGUCUGGGAUGAAGAUUCUUGACGUUGGCUGUGGUGGUGGAUUGUUAACUGAACCUCUAGGGCGGCUUGGGGCUUCAGUUACUGGAAUCGAUCCUGUGGAUGAGAACAUUAAAACAGCACAGUGCCAUAAAUCAUUUGAUCCAGUCCUGGAUCAGAGGAUAGAGUACAGAGCAUGUGCCCUCGAAGAGAUUGUGGAAGACACUGCAGAAACAUUUGAUGCCGUUGUAGCUUCUGAAGUUGUAGAACAUGUGCUUGAUCUAGAAACAUUUUUACAGUACUGCUGUCAAGUGUUAAAACCCGGUGGCUCUUUAUUCAUUACUACAAUCAACAAAACACAACUGUCCUAUGCCUUGGGAAUUGUUUUUUCAGAGCAAAUUGCAGGUAUUGUACCAAAAGGUACUCAUACUUGGGAGAAGUUUGUUUCACCCGAAAAGCUAGAGAGCAUUCUGGAACCAAAUGGUCUGUCAGUUCAAACUGUGGCAGGAAUGCUCUAUAACCCCUUCUCAGGUUACUGGCAUUGGAGUGAAAAUACCAGCCUUAACUAUGCAGCUCAUGCCGUGAAAUCCAGGGUACAGGAACACCCAGUGCCUGCUGAAUUUGUUUUAAAGGGGGAAACAGAACAGCUCCGAGCUAAUGCCUACGCCAGCCCAAGAAUGCAUGAAGAGAUGAAGAAAUAAAUCGUUUCUAGGGACUAUAGUCAUAUGGCUUGAAAGUCUGAUGUUUAUAAAUAUAAAAAGUAUGUAAUUUAUCCAUUAAGAGAGAAUCAUGAAGAAAGGGUCAAUAAAAAGGGCUAAAACCUUUUUAUUAUUUCAUCUAAUAGCUACUUUCAAGGGAUUCUGUGGAUAAAAAGUUUUAUCGAGGUUUUGCAUGAUCUAGGAGUUUAAGUUCCUCAUCCUUUGUUAUAUAAAUAGGUUAUGCAUAUUCAUUUCAUCUUAUAGAUUAGAUAUAUAUUUCUUUCCCACAUGUAUUCGCUUACAUAUAUGCUAUCAUUUGCUUUUAUUUUAGGGAAUCUGUGUCAUCUAUGUUCUACUUUAUUUGGUUUUAAGUUAAAGGCAGUUGUGCUUCUGACUGAUGAAAACCAAAUAUAAUUUUGAUUCACUUAUAUUUGGGAAGAUAAAAUAUAUUUUUUCCUUUAAAUUUUACUUUGUUGGGAAGCAAAUGAGUUGUUAAAUAUGUGCUGGAUUUGGAUUCAAACAUUAAAAUCAAGAAGUUCAAA